CGAGUGCAGCCUGGCGGAGCGGCGCGUUCUGCAGAAAACUUACUGAACAUAAGAUGUUGCAACAAAAUCUACCUCCUGAAUUUUUCCCUUUUAUUCAUGAGCUGCAUAGUUGCAGAUUUGAGCAGGAUGUCUGGAGAACCUGUUGAAAAACUCUAGCACAGGAUGACCUAGCAAAGACUGUACGCCUGUAACAAGAUACUCCACGAUUGUGUCAGUUCUGGUUCUGAAUGCUACAGAUAACAGCAAGUGGACUCCUUUAUUUCUGAAGUAUUCAUUUGACCUUCCAUCAAGACGGACUUUUCUAAUCUGUUCUGCGAGAUAUUAAUGGAAUACAGUCAUGUCCACUCAAGAGGAAAGGCAGAUCAAUACCGAAUAUGCUGUGUCCUUAUUGGAACAGUUGAAAUUGUUUUACGAACAGCAGUUGUUUACUGACAUAGUGUUAAUUGUUGAGGGCACUGAAUUCCCUUGUCAUAAGAUGAUUCUUGCAACAUGUAGCUCCUAUUUCAGGGCCAUGUUCAUGAGUGGACUAAGUGAAAGCAAGCAGACACAUGUACACCUGAGGAACGUGGAUGCUGCCGCCUUGCAGAUGAUAAUAACCUAUGCAUACACGGGGAACUUGGCGGUCAAUGACAGCACUGUAGAGCAGCUCUAUGAAACAGCUUGCUUCCUACAGGUAGAAGAUGUGUUACAGCGUUGUCGAGAAUAUUUAAUUAAAAAAAUUAAUGCAGAGAACUGUGUUCGGUUGCUGAGUUUUGCUGAUCUCUUCAGUUGUGAAGAAUUAAGGCAAAGCGCUAAAAGAAUGGUGGAGCACAAGUUCACCGCUGUGUACCACCAGGAAGCAUUCAGGCAACUGUCCCAUGAUCUACUGGUUGACAUUCUCAGUAGUGACAACUUAAAUGUAGAAAAGGAAGAAACAGUUCGCGAAGCUGCAAUGCUGUGGCUAGAGUAUAACACAGAGUCACGAUCCCAGUAUUUGUCUUCGGUUCUUAGCCAAAUCAGAAUUGAUGCACUUUCAGAAGUCACACAGAGAGCUUGGUUCCAAGGUCUCCCACCCAACGAUAAGUCUGUUGUGGUUCAAGGUCUUUAUAAGUCCAUGCCCAAGUUUUUCAAACCAAGGCUUGGGAUGACAAAGGAGGAGAUGCUGAUUUUCAUCGAAGCAUCAUCAGAAAACCCUUGUAGUCUUUACUCUUCUGUCUGUUAUAGCCCCCAGGCAGAAAAGGUUUACAAGUUAUGUAGCCCGCCAGCUGAUUUGCAUAAGGUUGGGACAGUUGUAACCCCUGAUAAUGAUAUUUACAUAGCAGGGGGCCAAGUGCCCCUGAAAAACACAAAAUCAAAUCACAGUAAGACAAGCAAACUGCAGACCGCCUUCAGAACUGUGAAUUGCUUUUACUGGUUUGAUGCACAACAAAAUACCUGGUUUCCAAAGACGCCAAUGCUCUUCGUCCAUGUGAAGCCAUCUUUGGUUUGCUGUGAAGGCUACAUCUAUGCAAUUGGAGGAGACAGUGUUGGUGGAGAACUUAAUCGGAGGACUGUAGAGAGAUAUGACACGGAGAAGGAUGAGUGGACAAUGGUGAGCCCUCUACCUUGUGCUUGGCAGUGGAGUGCGGCCGUUGUGGUUCAUGACUGCAUUUAUGUGAUGACAUUAAACCUCAUGUACUGUUACUUUCCGAGAUCUGACUCAUGGGUAGAAAUGGCCAUGAGGCAGACUAGCAGAUCUUUUGCUUCAGCUGCAGCUUUUGGCCAUAAAAUUUUCUAUAUUGGAGGGUUGCAUAUUGCUACCAAUACUGGCAUAAGACUUCCCUCUGACACUGUAGAUGGGUCUUCAGUAAUUGUGGAAAUUUAUGAUGUGAAUAAAAAUGAAUGGAAAAUGGCAGCCAACAUUCCCGCUAAAAGGUACUCUGAUCCCUGUGUUAGAGCUGUUGUGAUCUCAAAUUCUCUCUGUGUGUUUAUGCGAGAAACCCACUUAAAUGAACGCGCUAAAUACGUCACCUACCAGUAUGAUUUGGAACUUGAUCGGUGGUCUCUGCGGCAGCACAUAUCUGAACAUGUGCUGUGGGACCUGGGGAGAGACUUUCGAUGCACUGUGGGGAAACUUUAUCCAUCUUGUCUUGAAGAAUCUCCAUGGAAGCCACCAACUUACCUUUUUUCACCAGAUGGAACAGAGGAGUUUGAACUGAAUGGAGAAAUGGUUGCCCUUCCCCCUGUAUAGGGGGGUGAGGGAGUGCACGUGCAGGACUUGUGAUAUCCUUUGUUACACCAGAGGAUACAAAAGGACUGAGUAUGAGUACAUAAACAAAUCUAUCUUUGAUACAUUUUAUUUUUAUGGCCUACUUAAUAUUUGCAUCAGUAUAAUAUAUAUCAGUGUGUCAGACAGAAAGAUAUGCUUCUGUAAUAUGAAAUAGGUUAUUUGAUAAUUGAGAAACUUUUAUGUGUGUCAUGUGAACAUAAGAGUCUGGAUUAUCUAACAUUGUUAGCCCUGUGUAUGUACAGUCCAGAAGUUCACUUUUAAAAGUUACUUCCUAUUCCUAGUGUGGUAUACCAAAAUUGUGCUGAGAUUAUUUUAGUGUAUGUAUUGAAUUCCCGUACUUCUAAAGUCCUGGAAUAUAGUUUUUCUAGCAUAAUUCAGCUGCACUUAACACUAAUGUUCAUGUCAGUAUAGAAAUGUCUUUGAAAUCCUAUACUGUUGUUGAGGAAGAUCUCCUAUGUGUCUCCGGUGUUACACAGGGAAAGCUGUGACUGCAGGAUCAGUCUCACUAUCUACUAGGUGCAUGUCUUCCCUUCCCACUGACUUCCACUUGUCUAUCUAGAAUACAGGUUGUCCAGUCAGCUGGUCACUUACCAGGUGUGGACUUAAGUUGCUGGGCUUGCAAAUGAAUUGCUAGUCCCUCAUUGUGCGGGUCUGUG